GCCGAGGAGGGGACAGCGCCGUUCGCCAGCUUCAGGCUUCCCCGGGGCUCAGUGCGGGGGCCCCCCGGAACGGAGUGGGGACCGGCCCGCCCUCCCCCAUCGCCCUGCCGCCUCUCCGGGCCAGCAACGCUGCCGCAGCCCACACGAUUGGUGGCAGUAAGCACACAAUGAAUGAUCACUUGCAUGUCGGCAGCCACAGCCACGGACAGAUCCAGGUUCAACAGCUGUUUGAGGAUAACAGUAACAAGCGGACAGUGCUCACGACACAACCAAAUGGGCUUACAACAGUGGGCAAAGCAGGCUUGCCGGUGGUGCCAGAACGGCAGCUGGAGAGCAUCCACCGACGGCAGGGGAGCUCCACCUCUCUGAAGUCCAUGGAAGGCAUGGGGAAGGUGAAAACCUCACCCAUGACACCUGAACAAGCAAUGAAGCAAUACAUGCAAAAACUAACGGCCUUUGAACACCACGAGAUUUUCAGCUACCCUGAAAUAUAUUUCUUGGGUCCAAAUGCAAAAAAGCGUCAGGGCAUGACAGGAGGGCCUAAUAAUGGUGGCUAUGACGAUGACCAAGGAUCAUACGUGCAGGUGCCCCACGAUCAUGUGGCUUACAGGUACGAGGUCCUCAAAGUCAUCGGGAAAGGGAGCUUCGGGCAGGUGGUCAAGGCCUAUGAUCACAAAGUCCACCAGCACGUGGCCCUGAAGAUGGUGCGGAACGAAAAGCGCUUCCACCGGCAGGCAGCGGAGGAGAUCCGAAUCCUGGAACACCUGCGGAAGCAGGACAAGGACAACACCAUGAACGUCAUCCACAUGCUGGAGAAUUUUACCUUCCGCAACCACAUCUGCAUGACGUUUGAGCUGCUGAGUAUGAACCUCUAUGAGCUCAUCAAGAAGAAUAAAUUCCAGGGCUUUAGCCUGCCUUUGGUCCGUAAGUUUGCCCACUCAAUUCUGCAGUGCUUGGAUGCUUUGCACAAAAACAGAAUAAUUCACUGUGACCUUAAGCCCGAGAACAUUUUGUUGAAGCAGCAGGGUAGAAGUGGUAUUAAAGUGAUUGAUUUUGGCUCCAGUUGUUAUGAGCAUCAACGUGUCUACACGUACAUCCAGUCACGGUUUUACCGGGCUCCGGAAGUGAUCCUGGGGGCCAGGUAUGGCAUGCCUAUUGAUAUGUGGAGCCUGGGCUGCAUUUUGGCAGAGCUCCUGACAGGUUACCCCCUUUUGCCUGGGGAAGACGAGGGGGACCAGCUGGCCUGUAUGAUUGAACUGUUGGGUAUGCCCUCCCAGAAACUGCUGGAUGCAUCCAAACGAGCCAAAAAUUUUGUGAGCUCCAAGGGGUAUCCCCGUUACUGCACUGUCACCACUCUCUCAGACGGCUCCGUGGUCCUCAACGGAGGCCGUUCCCGGAGAGGGAAACUGAGGGGCCCACCAGAGAGCAGAGAGUGGGGAAAUGCACUGAAGGGGUGUGACGACCCCCUAUUCCUUGACUUCUUAAAGCAGUGUUUAGAAUGGGAUCCUGCAGUUCGUAUGACCCCCGGCCAGGCUUUACGACAUCCCUGGCUGAGACGGCGGCUGCCCAAGCCUCCGACUGGGGAGAAGACGGCAGUGAAGAGGAUAACGGAGAGCGCUGGUGCUAUCACAUCGAUUUCCAAGUUACCUCCACCUUCCAGCUCAGCUUCCAAACUGAGGACUAAUUUGGCACAAAUGACGGAUGCCAAUGGGAAUAUUCAGCAGAGGACAGUGUUGCCAAAACUCGUUAGCUGAGCUCGAGUCCCCUGAUGCUGGUAAUCUGAAAGAUACGUUAUUGCUGAGCCUUAUUGGGUUGAAAAGGAGUAGCUCAGACCUGGUUUUUUUGUUUUGUUUUGUUUUGUUUUUCUUUUGCUCAAUAACUCUACUCAUUUGUAUCUUUUCAGCACUUAAUUUUAAUGUAAGAAAGCUGUUCAUUUUGUUUUUAUAAAAUAUGUGGGGACAAUGCUUUAAGUUUUUAUACUUUCUGAAACUGUUUUUGUGUUCUCCAAGUACGAUGAGCCUUACUGUAUUUAGUGUGGCAGAAAAAUAACAUCAGUGGCAGGCCAUUGAUAGCUUUGUGACUGCCACGCAUUUACAGAUUGGUGUCGAAGACAUUCACUAUGUUUUUACGGUUCAUGUUCUCUUCUCCCAGGGUGACAGCCCCUGAAGGGCCUCCUUCUCUCUAGACCCCAGGUUCAUGCACAGGUUAAGCAUGGUCUCCUUCCAUUGUCCUUAAACUAAUCUGGGUGGCAGUGGGAGUGAGAGGCGAAUGAUCAGGAUGAAAAGGAUGUUAUAAGAAAAAUUGCACUUUCCUCAAGUAAUACUCGAACAGUAGAAAGUAAGAUCCCCAGGUCUAAAUUGCCCAGUUGGCAUUCUGACAUUCUAAAAGUUGGCAAAGCAGCUUUUAGUGAAUAAAUGGAAACGGGAACAUGUGUGUUCCUCCAGAUUUUCUCUUAUGAUCAGUGAGCUGUUUUGUAAAGAAGCCUCAUAUUACAGGAUUGGUUUUGCACCUAAAUUUAGAAAUGGAUCCUACAAACUGUUCCUUCUCUUUGCUUUCCUCCACUCUGUUCCUCUUUUAACCACACAUCUGUUGCUUGCAUUUAGUUUGUCUUCUUCCUUCAACUGUAUAUCCCAGACUGUUAAUACAGAAAAGAGACAUUUCAGCUGUGAUUAUGACCAUUGUUUCAUAUUCCAAUUUGAAAAAGAACAGCAGCCUCGCUACUUAAGGCCGGGAUCUCCAUAGUUCCAAAGACAAUUAAGCAGAUUAGAGUGACUUCACACUUUUCAGGUGCCACGGUAAGGUUCUCUUAGCCUGGGAAAGGAUCAACUCUUUCUUUACAAAGAAAGAGGGUUGAAAAUCCUCUGGAUGAACAGAAGUCACUGUGGCUGUUCAGUAAAGCCAAUUUUAACAACACAUUUAAAUGAGGAAAAGUUCAACCUUAAGUUAAAUGGUUUGACUUAUUUUUUGCAUCAUUAGAAGAAACAACAGAAAUCGCAUUCCUCUAUUUUAUUUGACUUUGUUUUGGAUUGCACUGGUUGUUUUUGUGGGAAUGACACUUUAUCUGGAAAAGUAACUGAGAGUUAGGUAAAAGAAUAUUUUCUUCUCUGAAUAAUUAUUUUCACAGUGAAAAUUUCAGUAUUUUAUCACUAAUGUAUGAGCAGUGAUAUAUAUCAAUUUCAAGGCACGUGGAAAAAUUUUUUAGUAUGUGCAAUUUAAUAUAGAAAGAUUUCUGCCUGUUUGGACAAUAGGUUUUGGAUAGUAUAAAUUAAGAUAAAUAAUCUUUUAUAUGCACAGAUAUUAUUGUAUUGCCUGUAAAUUGAUUUAAAAGUACUUAAAGCAUGGUCCCCAGUGAGGCCAAGAAAGUUUCCGGUUAAGUUCUUUUAGUAUUAGUCCUACAGUUUCUCAUACUUUAAAAAAAAAGUAGUUUUGAGCAAAAAUACUUUACUUAUCUUGAGGCUUUGUCAGUUGAUGGUGAAAAAAAAAUGCUCAGGAAAUAUUUCAGAUAUUUGCCAAAAAACAGUAAUAAGACUAGCUUAUUAAUAAGAAAAUUAUAUUGAUAUUUGCUUUAUUUAAGGGUGUCACUGAUAAAUUAAUUUGUUCCUCUGUAUUUAGAAAUUAUAGCCUUUUUUUUCCCUAGUCAAAUUCUUAGGCUUAUUGUACACAUUUUGUAAUCUGUGGAAGUGCAAUAAUAUGUAAGUAAGUUGCAUUUUAAAGGAUGCUCGAUGAUACCCCCCUCCAAUUAGUGGCUUAUAGAAUUUAAAGAUUUGUGUAUUAAGAUUUUGGCUUACAGACACAAGAAGUAUAAGACUUGGUUUGGUGACUUUGUAAAACCAUGAGCCUCUUUAUGAUGGUUAGCUUCUUUAGGUCAUUAAAUAAAAACAUGUAAAAGCUAUUUUCCCCUUAUAAUGCUCCUUUCCCAUUUCUACUUUGAUUUUCCCACUUAGAUUUAAAUAUACAUACCUAAGCCUGCCAUUUUUAAUUUCCUUUUAAAAUGAUACAUGUGAAAAGUUAUUAAAGGUCUAAUACCGCUUGUUUCCCUCAUCACAGAAAACUGGCUCUUAGGGUACCAGCAAUGCAUUUGUGACUAUCUUUAUUCACAAAUGCAACCGGAAACUUUUAAGCCAAAUUAGUAUAAUGUGCAGUGCUAUGAGACUUUUAUUUUGUCCUAAUACAGUGAAAUUUCCCUUAUUCACAAGAGCCUCUAUGUUUCAGCGUUAAGUGAUAGAACUGCUUUUUAAAAAGUCCAGCUCGAUUAUAAUGUCAACAAAGAAAUGUUGUACCUUCAUGAUUUUCAAACAUAAACAAAGGAAGGGCUCUAAGAGGGGUUGGCUUGGAAACAGUCCUCGGUCUCACAGGUGACCAUUGUCUAGGGAUGUCUGCGCUGUUUUCAGAGUUAGGAUAGCACAGUGUUGUCUUGUCUUUGGUUGCAGUCUCAUCUGGCUCCGUUUCUUGCACCACCAGAGUGUUCAUUGCCACUUAAGUGUAUUGCUACAACCGUGGAACAACAGAGUGAUGCAAGACAGUGUAGAUUAACAGUAGAGGAGAACUCGUGCCCUUAGUGUUAACAAUGUGCCUUUUGUUCUGAAUGCCAUGUUGUAGGGCAUGCAUUUUUUGGCCUCUUUAACUCUUUGAAUACUAGGCAGUAAGGAUGGACCCCACCUCUGCAAAGAUACAUCUGUCUUAAAUAUCUAGUUACAGGCCUUAAUAGAAACCAUAAGGCGUGAAAAAUCAUCAGGCACUGAAACAGAUAACUAUCAGUCAGUUACACAGGGAAUUCCUAUGUUUAAGGGGUUAAAGAGGGCCUUUGUUGUAUCUUAACAUCAGACUGAUUUUUUAAAUGAUAUUUUUUUGUUAUGCUAACACUAGACAAAAAUCAACUGUAUUUGUAAAAAUUUACCUCAAACCAUUUAAUUUUAUAGUGUGAUUAAUCCCAGGGCAUUUGGUAUGAACCAAAGUGCAUUCCUUUUAUAUGUGCCUGGCUCUAGUAAGGAUGGCCAGGGAUUUUUACAAUUUGGGUGCAAGGCACUUAAGCCACUUUUAAACUUAAUGGGUGGUUUGGAGGCAUGUUAAAUGACUCCAUCAGAAUGUUAGAAAACACUUUAGGCAUCAGUAGCAUUGGGCCAUAUUGGAAUCUUGAAAUAAAAGUGUGAAUUAUUUUAAAGAGAGCAUUCAUUUUUGUAAUUUUUUUCAUCAAGAAUAUUUCUGGUAAGCUGAAGACUUUUUAAAAAAAAAACAAAAACAAAUGAUUGGGUUGGUAAAGGUUUUAAUAUUGCCCAACAUAAUGCUGUGGUAGCAUUUAAAAAUAAAGUAUUUGUGAAUUCUUUGUUUCUUAGGGGCUUGUACAUCUCUCUGCUAUGGACAUAUAUAAAAUUAAUUGUAAUUAUACUCAGCUCAACUGCUACAGUUAUGUCUAGGCAGUGGCUUGGGUUUUUAUCGAGCAACAACUUAGACAUGUGACUGUAAUAUGCUGCAACUGUGUGUACUGAAAAUAUGUGAAAACGGUUGAAUGUGGACUGUGUAUAUAUGUAUGUACAAAUUUCUGUGAGAUGCUGCUGUCGCCACUUAACAUGAAAUAUGUUCUAGUGGAUUUUAAUCCUAGUGGCCAGUUCUAUGAUACUGUAUGUAUUGUACAGCUGAUGACAGGAGUAAGACUGUUUAGUAAAUAUUUGUUAAAUUUUAUUGUUGUGGCCAGAGAUAAUUUCAGAAUAAAAUUUUAAUGUCCUA